AUGAAAUCCUUGAUCUGUGCGAAACCUGCUACAGCAGAGCAGCAGGCUCGUGCGUGGGAUUGUGUUAACGCUCCCUGCAUCCGCUUGGAGGGACCCAGGUUUCGGUUGGAUGGUUGGAGAUGGUUUCCCACAUGCAGGACGUGUGCCCUUUUCGUCCCUUUACCCCCUUUGCCUCAACGAGCUUCUGAUGGUGUUCAGGUGUUUGUGAAGGUCCGCUCUGCGAACCUUGCGGGUUUGCAAGCUGCACUGGAGCAUCGAAAUGAUGGCCGAGAGCGAGGGCCAUACCGCUUUGUGUGCAACAUUAAGGUCGGGCCAGUGGCAGCCAUGCGAGCUGGCAAGCUGCGAAGCAAGCACACCCAGCCUUCGACCAAUGGAGGCUUCAGGCCAGAAUGGGGCACCCCCCACUGCAACAAGCAUAAUGUUGCACAAGCAGAAGAGUUCGACUUGGCUUUGUGCGCGAAGGUCUGCAAGGCACAGUCGGAGCUUCUGGCGGUUGCAGAGAUGGAGAUACCACCUGGAAGGCAUGCGCAUCGGCUACUGCUGUUUCCUACUGUGGAUGGAAUCCCUGACACCGCACGGGGGCCGCUGAUCUUGCUUCUAGAGACCAUGAUGGUGGAAGCUCACCUUGGUAUUGCCUGCACCUCAUGCAAGACUUCUCCGAUCCGCGGGACCAGAUUCAAAUGCAGCGUUUGCGCCAAGAUUAAUCUGUGUUUGGACUGUUACGCCUUGAGGGCCACCGUUCACCCGGAUCAUGAGUUCCUGCGCAUUGAAACUGCGGACUACUUGGAACCAUCUCGUUCGACAUCUGUCAGGUCGAACCUCUCGGUCGCAGACUCUGGCCGGCAUUUGCUGCAAGAGGCGCUGGUCGAGCGAGAGCUAGCCAGCCAGGACCUAAUAGUGGAGCUUCGUCGGAGCCAAGCCCGUGAGGAUGUAUCAGACUCUUUGGGCCUCUGCUGUGCCCCAGAUGAGGAUGACCCAAGUGACCCAAGCGGCCCAAGCGUGCUUCUCAUAGAGGACAUUUUGCCAGGUUCACCAGCAGCAGAGUGGAACAACCGGCAAGACACAUCCCAGCCUUGGGGCACGUUUAUGCUGAUCGGCGACGAGAUCAAGGAGAUCAACGGCAAGACUGGUUCUGACGACAUGCUGGCAGAGCUUACUGGGGCGAGCCGGGCUGUCCUGCACAUCACGCGUCCCUCUCGCCGGGCACGUGCCGUGCUUGAAGCCACUGCAGGAGAUGCUGCUGCAGCCGGAGACAUUCUGCUUGGUGACGAUGCUGCAACGGCCCUCCACCUGAACAGCAAGGAAGAGGUUUGUGCUAUUUGCACAGACGCUCGCAGACGUGGGGGAGCACUGAGACUGCGGCCCUGCGGUCAUGGAUGGUUCUGCCGUGGUUGCAUCCAGCAAUGGGCGGCCGUUCAGAUGAGCGAGGGCAGAAGCUCUAUCACUUGUCCGAUUCCGGAGUGCCGGCUCUUGAUUGGUCAUCGGCAGCUGCGGGCCGUCCUCUCCAUUGCGGACUUUGGCCGCUUCGUUCGAAGAUCUGUGGAAAACCUUUGCCUCGCAGAUCCGUCUUUCAUCGCCUGCCCGACACCAGAUUGUCCAUACCGUGCUUGGGUUGGAGACGAGGAUCGACCAAGACUCAUCUGCGAGGUCUGCUUUAUGGAGUCCUGUGUCCGCUGCGGGGCCUCCCCGUUUCACCACGGCCUAAGCUGCGAGGAGGAGGCCCGCCGUACUGCUCUCUUGAUGGAUGGCUGCCAGCGUGUUGCACCUCGUAUCGAGGAGUGCCUGCGGCAAGCUUUGUUUCGCAGCUGCCCUGGCUGCAACAUGCCCAUCGAGCGUGCAAACGCUUGUUACAACAUACCCUCUUCAAGUGCAGUGCAGCACCUGAAUGGCAGCGACCUGUUUCUGGAGUUCCGUGCGGCGUACCUGCUGGCACAG